AUGGAUCAACUGGCUCGGAUCAAGUCGCGCCUUGCCGAGGCGACUGUUAAACUAUCCGAGUCCACUACCGGCGCGCCCCUAACUUCCGUUCCUGUCAGUUUAUCAGAGGCCUCAACAUGUUCAACUUAUGUCACAACGGUCCAUCAGACAAUGGAACAUUUGAACCCGGCUCAUUUGAAAUCUAACUUAAUAGAACCCCCGAUAUUGGGACUCGUCGAAGAAACGCCCGGUUUUGGCAUUCCAGCCCCAGCGCCCGAACUCUCUCAUUUUUUUAAUUGCGCUGACUCCAAUGCUAUCGAUAUCAUCAACAGAGGAUGUUGUUCAAACUGUCUGUUAAUAUGCCAAUUUGCUGGUCAUCUUCAGUCUUGCUGCUCCAAAGUCUUAGCAGCCGAGAAACCCGUGUUGGCUGGACGUGCUGCAGUCACUGAACUGCUAGUCGCUGCCGAAGGUCUGCUCGCUUCCCGUCAUGAUGACAUCACUGGGCUCCCACCGGACCCGCAGGCCUGCGAGCUGCUACUAACUAACUGUUUUACCCUUUUAAAAUCAAUAUUUUGCCCUGGUUUAUUGGAUCCCCUCGUUGCAGCUGAUUCAGCCAGUUCUGUUGUCGACAUCUCAGCCAUGGCUGAAUUGGAAACACGCGCUACGAUGGCAGAGGCCCGAGUCGUAGAGCUUACUCACCAGUUGGAUGAGUUCAGACAAAUCUUGAUGUCAGCCCAAAUUUCAGAGACAUAUCCUCCUUCGGCUUCGUUACAUUGUCUCAAAGAUGUAAUUUCUGAACCGAAUUAUCAACACUUUCAGAAUCAUUAUCAGCAAAAUUCCUCGGAAAUUUGCCACACGGCAGUACAAACUUCCACCGAAGUAUUAUCUGCAAGUAAGCUUAUUGGACUUAAUGAGCGGCUACAUCAAAUCCUGAAAGAACUUGAGGGCCAGCGCCUGCAGUCACAAUCGCGGCAGUUGCGACAAAGACAGAAUCAAGAAACAGUCGAUGAAGGGAUAAUCGAUCGACCGACAUCGAUUAUUAUAGGUGAUCAAGAUAGGGCUUCCACACUCCGGCUAUCCUCAUUGCUUCAGGACGCGGAGGAACUUAUUGAUUCAUGUUAUCUGCACACCCUGACUAACAAGUCAGUUCAGGACCUGCGGGAAUAUCCAGAUUCAAAUGAUUCUGCUUCCAACACUAGCUUCGAAUCAAACUCAGUCGAAGCACUCAGUUGUAAAGUGUAUGGCACUGAUAAGUCACCUCUUGUUACUUCUCAAGCUGAUGCCUCGACUCCAACCAAACUGGUGAGCUCCAAUUACUGA